UUCCGGCGUUUUACGCGGCUGUGCUGACUUAUUUUGCUCACAUUUUUUGCUGUUUGAGCUAUGUCCGGCCGCGGGAAGCAGGGCGGGAAGGCGCGCGCCAAGGCCAAGUCGCGCUCGUCGCGGGCCGGGCUGCAGUUCCCCGUGGGCCGCGUGCACCGGCUGCUGCGCAAGGGCAACUACGCGGAGCGCGUGGGCGCCGGCGCCCCGGUGUACCUGGCGGCCGUGCUGGAGUACCUGACGGCCGAGAUCCUGGAGCUGGCGGGCAACGCGGCCCGCGACAACAAGAAGACGCGCAUCAUCCCCCGCCACCUGCAGCUCGCCAUCCGCAACGACGAGGAGCUCAACAAGCUGCUGGGCAAGGUGACGAUCGCGCAGGGCGGCGUGCUGCCCAACAUCCAGGCCGUGCUGCUGCCCAAGAAGACCGACAGCCACAAGGCUAAAGCCAAGUAGAUCUCAUCUGACUAACAACCCAAAGGCUCUUUUCAGAGCCACCCAUAUCUUCCUAAGAAGAGCAGGAACACUUAACCCCAGGAAUGUGGCUUGUCUGUGGCUUCCUGCCUUUUUAUCUUCUAAGUACAUGUAGUUAUGUAGACAUGCGUCACUUCCCUUUCUGGGAAAAAAAAAAAAAAAAAAAAAAAAGGUAGCAGUUGCGAGUGAUUAAACCGGUCACUGCAGUAUGGUUUAAGAAGAGAUGUGCACUCUGCGAUGGUGUGCUGUCUCUCCCGGUGGAUUCUGUGGGGGAGAAGGGCCGCUCUCCCCAGGGGAAGAAAGAUGGGGCGGGCUUGGGGCCGCCGCCGCCCAAUGCGGCUGGAACGCGCGGCUUUCAAACCGCGGGGGAUUGGGGCCCCUCCUCCCUGCGAGCCCCGCCUGUUCCUGUGCUCGGUGUGGAAAAGGGAUUCGAGGGCCUUGUGCGUAGUGAUUGUUCCGGUUUUCUGCUUUUUGUGGUUCUCUUUUUUCUUAUUUGCAACUUAGAGCUUUCAUGGAAUAGUAAGAACACCAUGUGGAAUUUCCCUUCCCAAAUUUGGUUUCAUCUCUCCAGCCAACUUAAAUUCUCAAGGAGGAGGAAGGGUUUAGGUUUAAGAACUGUGCAUCACAGUCAAAGCUGAAUCUGCUGGACGACGCUACGAUGAGUGACGAGAGUCUCGCUCUGACUGCUGUUAAAACCAGCCUGUGUUUUGAAUGCUUCUAGCGUUCCUUUUAUCAACUGCUAGUUUGUGAUUUUUGACUGUCAUUUAUUUAUACUGUGGCCGCUGCCCAGGCUAAGGGGAAAAAAACCCAACAACCAAACAACACCAAACCAACUAAAACCUAAACAACCCACCGCAAAACUAGAACAACCUAAGGAGCUGUUGGGAUGUUCCAGUUAGCUGUACUAGAAAUUAUUGUUUUGUUUCUGCAGGCUUCAAAGCUGAGCGAGCAAUGGACCAUCCUACAUGGUAAAAUACUUCUAUCAGGAGCCUGUGAUCACUACAUCUUUCCCCUGCCCUUGUCCAUUCUGUUCUAGAAAACUAGAUGCAUGGAUGCAUGGUAGAGAAACAACCCUGCCAUAGUCACAAGGCAGAUGCAAACAAACCUUUUUUCCUUUCCAGGAGGUACCUCUGUGUACCACAUCUUGAAGAGGUUGAUUGUUUCAGGCCUCUGCACUCUGCGUACAUACUCUUUUCCUGUAUAGGCAGCACUUUCACAUAGAAAACAAAUCCUCUUUCUGUAGAAGCUACAGGUUUUCCCUGUCAUGGGAUUGCUCUACAGACUUCACAAAUAGUUUCUGAGAGAAUUUUAAGAAUGCCAGUACAAACCAGGAUGCUAGGAGCUUGGAAGCCCAGGAAAACAAACAAACAAAAACAGUAGUUAAACACUGGAAUAGGAGCUUUUUUGAGGAGAUGGAUUCCACUGUGACUGGACAGGAGCUAUCGUGAUCCGUGCUGGUGUCCAGCUUCCACGUAGGAGUGCAACUCCAAGUGUCUCUGCUGUGGCCUUGAGCGCACUGUUGCAGUCCUACUGGUGGAGGAAUGAGC